GAAGACAUCCCAAGUUUGAGCUGGGUGAGAGCCCCCAGCCCUUGUUCUGUACCCAAGCUUGGGAACAUGCAGCAUCACUCAGCUCGCUGGUGCUGCGCCCCAGCCCAGAGUUGCACUGAGAAAGGAUGGGGGGGACCCAAAAAGACCAAGCAAACAGAGCUUGAACAGCUGAAUCCCAGUGUUUACCUACUCCUUCACUAUCUCGGCAGCCACAGCAAGUCAGUGCUGGCUGCCUUUAUUGCCCUCUCCAGGGCCUCAGGCAGGUGCCCACCCCAGUGGCCACUGUGGCCCUGGGCCAUGUCUGCAAGGUAAUGGAGCAGAGUUGUUUCCUAGGGGCACAAAGAGUUGAUACCUGUUGGGCAUGAACUUGCUCAUAAACAAAUUCCACACAAAUUACUGUUGUUUUUCAGCCCUCAAAUGAAAAGAGCAUAGAGGACCCUGAGCAGAGCAUCACAAUUUCUGUGAUCUAUCUGCCAUGGCUUCAUGAGCGCUUCUUGUGUGACACCCUAGCCAUGGAGGGCUGUGAAAAAAAAAACACCAUAUCAGUGGCUGCAUUUAGGAAAAGCAAGUUUAACUGAGCCUGCAAGCUUAAAAUAAAGGUUGUAGUUUGCUCACAGUAACAGUGAUGUGUCAAGGUCUGAGCUGUGUUUGGUCUGGCUGUAUGGCAGUGCUGUAUCUCCCAAGCAGGACAUAGAAACAGAAGGACACCAAGGACCAUUUUGGGCUUCCCCAGAGACAACGUGAACGUCCGCUGCAGCUGGUAUUCCCUGGGCAGUGUGCCCCACUGCUGCUGGCCCCUCACCAACCGGAGAACCCUCCUCACCACCCACAGUUGGAGGGAUGCUGGGCUGGAUCGAGCGGGUGGUUCCCCAGCCCCCAGCGCCCCAUCUGACGGAGGAGACACCCCUGGGCCCAGUGCAGGACCCGGAGCUGGCUAAGGCAACGAUGGGAAAGGCCAGUGGCCCCGGGGAUGCUGCUGACCACACACACACUGAGGACAUGGAAAAGAAGGUGGGAUUUGCGGUCCCCGAGGACCCAGGCUCUGUGUUUGAGAGCGUGGGGAGCAGUGUGCUCUCCUGGCUCUCUCAGGGUCUGGAGAAGGUGAUUCCCCAGCCAGUCCCGGCCCCAGGGAUGCUGCAGGCGCUCGGGAAGAGCUUUGAGACAAGCAUCGAUGUUCCCGAUCAGACGGAGGUCCAGGUCCUCAAGGAUGAGGAAGAGGAUGCUCUGGAGAUAACUCCCUUUGAUCCUGAGGAGGAUGAGCUGGAUGGCUGCGGGUCUGAGGCUGGCUUGGAUACGGUGACAGAGGAAUGGGCAGGAGCACGGGUGCUCGGCUGGCUGGUGCAGGGCUUCGAGAGGAUCGUGCCACAGCCAGAGAUGCUGAAAAAGCCGGAGCCGGAGCCGAAGGAGCAGAAAUGCGAAGCUGUGGCAGGAGGCACAAAAGGGACUAAAACCCAGGCAAAGUCAAAAAGCAGCAUUCCAGCCACUCAGAGUAUCCCAGGAACAGCAGAGCCAGCAGUCGCCGAGAGGCAGCCAGAGCAGGUGGCCACCUUCAUCCCCCGGUCCCUGGCCGGGGACGGCAGCAGGAUGUUUGCCUGGUUUGUUCAGGGACUGGAGAAGGUGAUGCCACAGCCAGUGACCAGGGAGAAGCAGGACACACAGGGAGUGGCAGCAGCAACCUGGAGUCCUGUGGAAGAAAUUCAUAUUGUUCCUGGGGAAACUGAGGACGCUGACCUCGUCCUGGAAGAAGUCAAUGAUGACUGGAUUAAUGAAGCCACAUGCGAGAUGAUGGCCUGGGGUCGUGAGGCUGAGCUGGUAGCAGAUGCUCAUCCCCUUCCCCCCAUACAGGAAGAACCUCAGGAAGAAGAAAACAGUAUACGAGCCCGAGAAGCUGUGGGCAGCAAGCACAUCCUGUCCUGGAGGUUGGAUUUCAUUUACAAGGAGGAAAAGGAGGAGGAGGGGGAGGAAGAGGAAGAGGAGGAGAAGAAGGAGGAGGAGGAGAGUGCAGGGCUCCUGCUCCAUUCGCCUUGUCUCACCACUGAUGAGGGUGUGGAUGAAGUCUACUUUGCAGAGGAGGCCCUUAGGUUUGAGCAGCUGGAGGAAGCUGAGAUAAGUGAUCUUGAAGGUGCUUUUGUACAGGUGGAAGAGGCGACAGCUGAAGCUGCUGAAACCGAUGCCGAAGGCAAUUACCCCACUGUGGACAUCAGGGAUGUGGACAGCGGAGGCAAUGCUGUGGAGAGCAACGGUACCCACUUACCAGUGCCCACCGCCAGCAGUCCCAAAAUGCUGGCAGUGCCUGGCACGGUGCUGGCAUCCCCCAGGAGAAAGCUGCCGGCCCCGGAGGAUGGCCUGGAGGAGGGACUGGUGAACCAGUCCCCCACCCGAGCGCUACUGGGCUGGGAGGAGCAGCAGAAGGAAAGCCUGCCCGAGCGCAUCGGCUCAGCCACGAGCCUGAGCAGUGCCAUCAUCAACAACCGGCUCCAGGAGCUGGUGAAGCUCUUCAAAGAGAGGACCGAGAAGGUGAAGGAGAAGCUGACCGACCCUGAUGUCACCUCGGACGACGAGAGCCCUACAGCAUCCCCUGCUAAGCCAGCACCUGCGGCAGCACCUGUGCCUCCCCCAGGAGGGGAGCAGGAGGGGGACAAGCCAGCAGGGGACGAGCACUACUGUGAGAUGCUGUGCUGUGUGUUCAAGUACCAGCCCUGGAUGGACCGUCUGAAAAACUACCAGUUCCCCAGCAGCAUCGACCCACUCACCAACCUGAUGUAUGUUCUGUGGCUGUUCUUCGUUGUGAUGGCCUGGAACUGGAACUGCUGGUUGAUCCCCGUCCGCUGGGCUUUCCCGUACCAGACACCAUCAAAUAUCCACUGCUGGCUGGCCGUGGACUACCUCUGCGACCUCAUCUAUCUGCUGGAUAUCCUUGUCUUUCAGACCCGGUUGCAGUUUGUCCAGGGGGGAGACAUAAUUACUGAUAAAAAGGCCAUGAAAGAGAACUACCUGCGAUCACAGCGCUUUAAGAUGGAUGUGGUGUGCCUCCUGCCCCUGGAUUUCUUCUACUUCAAAGUCGGUGUCAACCCGCUCCUGCGCUUUCCUCGCUGUCUGAAGUACAUGGCCUUCUUCGAGUUCAACAACCGCCUGGAGGCCAUCCUGAGCAAGGCGUACAUCUACAGAGUGAUUCGGACGACUGCCUAUUUACUGUACAGCUUGCAUGUCAACUCCUGCCUCUACUACUGGGCAUCAGCCUAUGAGGGACUGGGCUCUACCACCUGGGUCUACGAUGGGGAAGGAAACAGCUACAUCCGCUGCUACUACUGGGCAGUCAAAACCCUCAUCACCAUUGGGGGCCUGCCGGACCCCAAGACACUGUUUGAGAUCAUCUUCCAGCUGUUGAACUACUUCACGGGCGUCUUUGCUUUCUCCGUCAUGAUAGGGCAGAUGAGAGAUGUGGUUGGCGCGGCUACAGCAGGGCAAACUUACUAUCGGAGCUGCAUGGACAGUACCAUUAAAUACAUGAACUUCUACAAAAUUCCCAAAACUGUUCAGAACCGGGUGAAAACGUGGUAUGAGUACACGUGGCAUUCGCAAGGCAUGCUAGAUGAGUCAGAGUUGCUGGUGCAGCUGCCGGACAAGAUGAGGCUGGACAUUGCCAUCGACGUGAACUACAACAUCGUGAGCAAAGUGGCCCUCUUCCAGGGCUGCGACAGGCAGAUGAUCUUCGACAUGUUGAAGCGGCUCAGAUCUGUAGUCUACCUGCCUAAUGACUACGUGUGUAAGAAGGGAGAAAUCGGCCGUGAGAUGUACAUCAUCCAAGCGGGACAAGUGCAGGUGCUGGGAGGACCCGACGGCAAAACUGUGCUAGUGACUCUGAAAGCUGGAUCUGUGUUUGGAGAAAUAAGCUUGCUGGCAGCAGGAGGGGGCAAUCGCCGAACAGCAAACGUCGUGGCUCACGGCUUCGCCAACCUCUUCAUUCUGGAUAAGAAGGACCUGAAUGAGAUUUUGGUGCAUUAUCCAGAGUCUCAGAAGCUGCUGCGUAAAAAGGCCAAGAAAAUGCUGAAAAACAACAAUAAACCCAAAGAUGAAAAAGGAGCCCCUGGAGAUUCCCUGAUCAUCCCUCCGAAAGCUGACACCCCAAAGCUCUUCCAGGCUGCCCUGGCUGCCACGGGGAGGAUGGGGGGCAAGGGGCCACUGGCCCAACUCCGGUGGAGGCUGAAGGAGCUGAAGGCGAUGCAGGCGAUGCAGGAUUCCGCUUUCAGUCCGAUCCCACCGAAAUCACCGGUGCACCGGAGAUCACCUGUCACCUCCCACAAAGCAAGCACCCAUCUGGGAGAAGAAAUAUUCUCAAAAUCUUCUGACAGUUUAGUCACCAUUCGUGUGAUUCCCACGGUGCAAGAGGAUGAAGAAAUCCUUGCUGCUGAGAUUUCAGAGAAAGAAGACGAAAAAGAAGAGAAAUGAAAAACAAGCAGGUCCUGGGGCAGGACUAGGAGUCAGGCAAACACCUAGGGUAGAAGCUUUUUGUCGUUAACAAUUUCCAUGCAGUGGCUGUAGGCUUCGCUACAUGCUGCUGUUAGGACCAGCCUUUCUUUUCUGCCUAGACCUUCACCCACUGUUGAUAAAACCCACUGCUAUAUGAACCAGAAUUAUACAAGGUUUCCAUGCUCUGGAGAUCUCUUUUUAUUGAGUGUCUUUAUGAAUAUUCCCACUAAACAUCAGGCCAACCCUCUUGCUUUGAAAUCCAGCCUUACAGAGAGGGAGCCCUGAAGAAAUAUGGCUCUGGAUGUUUAAUGAGUGCUCAGAUAAAGCGUGAAGAGUUAUUCAACUCUGACAGCUGAGUCACUGCUUGGCCAGAAACAACCAGGGGAAAGAGGAAAAAAAAGGUUUCUCAAAAGUCCCUCUUGGGCUCAAGGUUGUUAGCAGUAACUGGAGAGUGAUUCAUCCAAAAAGGAUGUGGACUAUGCUCACAAGCCGAGCACAGAUUGCAUCGCGCUGUCCCGAGAAGGUCGAGGUCCAUCUCAGUGUGCACGGACUGCGAGACACUUUGAGGGUCCCUGCAUGGUGCCAAGACCACCCUGGGUUUGCUGCUGGGAAGAGGAGCUCCUCUCAGCCAUCCACUCCAGAGUGGUAGUGGGCUCUCCAUCACUGGUGGCUCUUACAGAGAGAUUUGAUGAGCAUCUGUCAAGGAUGGAGAAGCACAAUCCUGGGUGAGGAGAUGUUCCUGGAGACCCCUUCCAGCCCUGGGCUUCCAUGGAUGCACCAACCUGCCGCUGCUGGAGGGAUAAACCAACUGCAGGAAGGGAGAAGCUGUGCUGGUUUAGAGCUGGAAUCGGAAAGAGAAAUGCAGUAAGGGCUCUCCUCUCCCAGCCACCAUGGCAGUCAGGCCAGAGCCUGUAGUGCAUAAGCAAGCGUGCAUGAGUGUGCAGAUGGUCACCUGCGCUCAUUGCUGGACCUCAGUGAUCUGCUACAUUUCCAGCAGCCAUUUCCAGCUGCUUUCAGUCACUUGGCUCUUUGCCAUGUUUCUUAUGGAGAAGCCACUCUGGUUUCGCUCAUCACUGUGAGACGGGGCUCUUGUGAAAGUGAAAGCCCACUCCCAGUUGUGCAGGGAUGGGAAGCCAAACACCUUCUCAACAGCCAGCAUGCCCAGCUGAUGGCUCCAGGUGUUGAGUCUUCCUCCAGCAUCACCAGCUCCUUGCCUCCUCCUCGAACCCAGUGUCCAUGGGAGCGAGCUGCUGGUGAGCUGAGAGGUGGCAAGCAGCAGCGGGUGAGAUGGUGCUGGGUGAGAUGACGCAGACCCUCUCCAUGGAUUUUGCUGGCCGGGUCACACCAGCACCACUUGCUCCAUCCAGAAGAGCCGGUUUCCAUCCUCAGGAGGAAAAGCUGGGGCAGGUUUUGCCAAAGGGAGCAGCCACAGCCAAGGAACUUCUGAGGUGUUCAGCAGAUCCUGUGAGCGGAGCUGGGCUCUUCACGGCAGGUGUCAGCCCCUCUACGUGGGUCAUCCCUCUUUCCAUCAGCACCCUGGGGCUCAUCUUCACCACUGACGGGGGCUUCUGAUUUUGUUGCAUUUUUUCACUCUCUUGCAAACUCGAUGGCUUUCUGUGGCAGAAAAAGCCAGGAUAUAUGUUAGUGUUAAUUAACCAUGCCUUGCUCUCUUUUAAACAAAUUUAAAUGAGCCACAGGAGGGUCUGAAGCCACCACUGCCCUAAAUGGUGCAGGGGAAAACCUGGACUCACCCAUACCUCCCUAAAUACUUCUCAUCCCUUGCAAGUGGUUUCCUGCUGCGCAGAAGGUUUUGGUGGGGAGUACGAAGUCUGUUUUGUUUUGUUUUUUUUUCCCCCACUAUAUAAAUAUUUAUAUAAUCAAACCAGGAAACUUGUAAAAGUCAAACUGGGGUUCAGAUUUGCUUCUACGAUUUGACAUGGUUUAGAAAAAAUGUUUAAAUAAACAGUGGGCUGUAAUGGCUUUCGUAACUCACUAUAUCUACAAUAAAUACC